GCUGGAAUGUUUCAAGAGUUUAUCCUUGUUAGCUUCCCAGGUUUUCAAGAUAAGAACAGCAGGAGUUUCAUUUUUGGGGUGCUGCUCCUUUUCUAUUGUUUUAUAGUCUUUGGAAAUCUGCUUAUAGUAAUGAUGUGGGUACUUGACAAAGAACAGCAUAGCCCUAUGUACGUGUUAAUAUCCAAUCUAGCUCUUGUGGAUAUAAUUAUUUCCACUACUACAAUACCCAAAAUGUUGUCUGUUUUUAGUGCAGGGUCCAGCUCCAUUUCUGUUACAGGCUGUUUCAUUCAGAUGUUUAUCUGCGGGGCCAUGAACACAUCAGAGUCGCUUCUUCUUGCACUCAUGGCGUAUGAUAGAUACAUUGCUAUCUGUAGGCCCCUCCACUACUUCACGGUUUCGAACAACAGUAUAGUCACGAAGCAGAUCAUUUGCUGUUGGCUGUGUGCAUUCAUUGUCAUGAUUGCACCAAUCACUGUCAUCCAGGGGUUGCUGUUCUGUGGGUCCAAUGUAGUGGUCCAAACAUUCUGUGACAGCUCCUCUAUUCUGAGGUUAGCCUGUAGUGACACUUCUCUUAGCUCUUAUGUAAUACUGGCUGCAAGCUUGCCUGUGAUCAUAGUGCCUCUAGUCUAUAUCCUUAUGUCCUACACGAGGAUCGUCAUGUCAGUUCUCCAGAUCACUAACUCUGACGGACGCCAAAAGGCCUUCUCUACCUGUAGUACCCACCUGCUGGUUCUUCUUGUCUUCUUUCUUGUUGGAGCUGGUGUGCACAUAUCAACUAUGCUGCCUGACACUUCUCCAGAUGCCCAUAUGAUGGCAUCAGUCCUUCAAAAUGUAAUCCCACCUCUGCUGAAUCCAAUUAUAUAUUGUUGGCGAACAAAGGAAUUCCGAGAUAGAAUAAGGAAGAUGCUGAAUUUGAGAAAAUUAGUACCAUAUCCAUAUUGAGACAUAAACUAUUUACAA